GAACAGUACCUACAAUUACACUCAUUGCAAUGUAGUAGCAUGGGGCUCGAGGGCGACUCGAAAGUAACAUACAUACCAUUUCAAUGCGCACCGCGACCAUUACCGUGCAGUGAGCGAACGGGCGAGCGAGUAAACCAGUCCCCCCAAAGGUGGUCGCCAGUGUUGUUUGCUGCCAGCAGUAGUAACGAAACAUCAUGACAGUAGCGGUGGAGACGCACCGUACAACACACCAGCCGAACAAAACGUUUUGAGGCGCAAGACGGAACGAGAACAUCUUGCAAUAAAUAUUUGUCCAACUGUGCGUCCGCUUUGUGUGUGUGUGUUCUCUGCUCCGUUGUGUUGUGCUGGAAACGGUCAGAAGCGAUCGGCAAACUGCAUCCUUGCUUUGCCUGACUUCGUUCUCAUCCACCAUUCUGCAUUGGAUGGAGUAUGAGAUGGUCCAGUCCGAGUACGAGUGCAUCCGUGUUGCUUGAUUCUCCGUGUGGCAGAGCAAGGCCGAGUGAAUGUGUGAGUUUAUAACGCAGGGCACAUUACGCAGAAACGUGAAGAUCCUGUCGCGUGGGGCACGCUACUAGACAAAGCCUCUUCGCUCAAGGUUUAUAGCAUCGGGUGCGAUCCCAGCUCGGUUUGGACCAGUUUUUUGUUCUAAAGAUUGCUUCAGAGAUGUGUGUGUCUGUACUUGUGUAGUUUAAGAUACCCUGUACGCUAGAACCGAUAACAUCUAGCACCGUGUUCGUGUGUGUGCGUGUGUAUUUGUAGAUUGUGAAUUGUGUGAACGAGAGCCCGCAAUUAUACGGUGUAGUGGACAGUGCCGAAAGUCCGCAAAAAAAAAAACGGUUCGCCAACCCUCUUGCGUUGGCGCUGUAACGCAGGCUUCAGUGAGUUGCAUAACAAAGAAUGUACCAAGACCGCCACUGGUGCUGUUGCUGUAAGUGUACAAAGAACCGGUCAAGUGAAAGCAAAAGUUUAAGGUGCUGAGGUGCGUACAUCGACGUCCUUUCUAAACCGAAGAACCGAAAAGCUCCGGUGCGUGCCAUUUCCAAGUUGCAUUCAACGGUGCGCAUCAUGGUGGUGUGAGAAAUGGCUGGAAUUAAAAAGAUGAUGGGUUGAGGAGUGUGCUAUAAACAGACUGUGCUUUCCUGUGAUUACUCCAACCAAACCGAUACAAUCGACACGAUCGAAUGUCGGUUGUGCUAAUUCAAACCAUACACUAGCGCUAGUGCCACCCGGUUGUCUUCUCUUCACAGCGGGUCGAUCCUCACCUCAGCAAGAUGCCAACCAUCAUAUCAAAGUUCGCGAAGCGAUCGUUCGACACGCUCGAGGGUCUCGGCUACUCGAGAGAACUCGUGUCCAAGGGUUUGAUAACAGGUGCGGUCGCACUGUACUGUCUGCGCCUAACCUAUCCCGUGGUGCGUGACAAAUUAGCCAACGGUAAAGGCUCCACGGACGCCCGUACCGAGGCGGGCCACCAUCGCAAUGAGAACAAUAACCUCACGAAACAGCCACCGGACGAUCCGGAGGCAAAGAAGGAACAGAUCAUCAUCGCCAAGCGGAACCGGCAACGGCAGGCUGGUCGUCAGCCCGGACUCAACCUGGACUUCCUGCUGCAGCUGCGCCAGCUCGUACGCAUCAUGGUGCCCCGGUUGUUGUGCGAAGAGUCCGGAUUGCUUGCCGUCCACACGCUGUGUCUGGUGUCACGUACCUUUCUCAGCAUUUACGUCGCCUCGAUGGAGGGUGCGAUCGUCAAGUUCAUCGUGCGCAAGGACGUGCGUAACUUUGUGCUGAUGCUGCUGAAAUGGUUCGGUAUCGCUAUACCGGCCACCUUCAUCAACUCGAUGAUACGCUACCUGGAGAACAAGCUUGCUCUCGCCUUCCGUACACGGCUAGUGAAACAUGCGUACGGCAUGUACUUCAAAAACGAAACCUACUACAAAGUAUCGAACCUGGACGGUCGUAUCGAAAAUGCGGACCACCGGCUAACGGACGACAUUUCGACAUUCUCCAGCUCGGUGGCACACUUGUACAGCUCCCUAACCAAGCCAUGCUUCGAUUUGCUGCUAAUCGGCAUAGCAAUGGCUCGUUCGUCCCGCCGAAUGAAGGCAAACAUAGUGAUGGGCCCAGCGCUGGCCACGAUCGUCAUCGGUACGACAGCUCACAUCCUGCGAAUAGUGUCGCCCAAGUUCGGACAACUCGUAGCGGAGGAAGCCAACCGGACCGGCUAUCUACGUCACGUACACUCGAAGAUUAUUACCAACGCGGAGGAGAUUGCAUUCUACGGAGGUCAUAAGGUGGAACAUUCGCAACUCCAGGAAGCAUACUCUCGGCUAAUGAAUCAGAUGAACACGAUAUUCACGCAGAAGCUGUGGUUCAUUAUGUUGGAGCAAUUCUUCAUGAAGUACGUGUGGUCCGGUACGGGCAUGGUGAUGGUAUCGCUACCGAUUUUAACCGUCGGUGCAGCGACCAUGCCGAUCAGUCCCGAGCACAGCAACCUUAUCAAAUCAGACGAGCAUGGUGUGAGUGAACGGACGCAGUACUUUACCACUGCACGUAAUCUGCUGCUUAGUGGUGCGGACGCCAUCGAGCGGCUGAUGUCUUCGUACAAAGAAAUUGUAGCAUUGGCCGGCUACACGAGCCGAGUGGCCGGUAUGUUCGAGGUGUUUGAUGAGGUAAACCGUGGCAUCUAUCGGAAAACGACGCUCUACACCGAGGAGCGUAACCUCAACGGUAUAUUGGAGUUCCGCGAUGGACAACCUGUCGCCAAGGGCGAGAUAGUGUUCUCCACCGACGAUAAAGAUACUAGCAUCUCGCUGGAGAACGUACCAGUGGUCACGCCCAACUGUGACAUCGUUGUGCCAAGCAUAAGCCUCACGAUCGAGGCCGGCAUGCAUCUGCUUAUUACCGGUCCGAACGGCUGUGGCAAGUCGAGCCUGUUCCGCAUCCUGAGCGGACUGUGGCCAAUCUAUGGUGGAACGUUGCGCAUUCCGAAAUCGUUCGGUGGAAGGCCCAGCAUGUUUUACAUUCCCCAACGUCCUUACAUGUCCUGUGGCACACUGCUUGAUCAGGUGAUCUAUCCGGAUACGCGCAAAGACAUGGAGGCGAAAAAGAUCAGUGAGGCACAGCUGCGGGAAAUUAUGCGCAUGGUGUCGCUGGAGCACAUUCUUGAUAGGGAUAGCUUCGACGAGAUACGGGAUUGGAAGGAUACGCUCUCUGGAGGUGAAAAGCAACGAAUGGCCAUUGCGCGACUAUUCUAUCAUAGACCAAAAUACGCCCUACUGGACGAGUGUACCAGUGCCGUAUCAAUAGACGUCGAAAGCUGUAUCUACGAAACAGCUAAAUCGAUGGACAUCACCCUUCUAACGAUUACUCAUCGUCCAACGUUGUGGAAAUUCCACACACACAUCCUGCAGUUCGACGGACAGGGUGGAUGGGUGUUUGAGAAGCUAGAGGAAGGUGCCCAGCAAAAAGUUCCUACGCUGAAAGCCAAUACUUCUGCACCCGGCAGUUAAAGGACCUUCUACCAUACGGAGCAACGAUGGGAAAUUUUGUACAGACGAUUGGAGGCAAUCAAGCGAUACAAAUACGAACGACGAGAUUAUUUGAAAGUAUUGCUAUUAAUAUGUUUCUAUUUCGUUCGGUUGUAAAAUAAUACAAACAAGCAUUACGCCAAAAAUGAGUUUAAAAAGAAAAUAGCAAACACAAAUACUUGCGGAUCCCUUCCGCGGUGGGAUGGUGUCGACUAAGAGAUAAAUGAAAUAUGUUUUAGUAGUAAGAGAACUUUACGUUUCAAGUUUUGCUGGAUACGCCGCUGUUAGGUAGUGUUCCAGUUUUAAGGGAAGGUUGGGUAUGAUGUUUCAGCUUAGGUGAGCUGCAAAGCAGGUGUAAACGAAACUUUUGUGAAUAGAUACAAUAGGAAUGUUACAUGUCUUUGUUUUUUUACUGUUCGUACUUAGUGCAAUGAAAAAUAAAGUUAACCAAAAGAAUAGUAUGAAAUUUUA